GUUCAUAAUCGUUGGGCGCGCGCAGUGAAAGAUAUGUCUGAUGCAUUGGGAAAUACGGAGGAGGCGAAAUUGCUGAAUCUUCCGGUAGAACAUGAGAAUGAUGACCUUGAUGAGAAGAUGGAGGAAGAUAUGCAGGAGACUGUAUUUGGAAACGAGGGAGAUGACGAUCGAUUUGGAG